GCCUGGAUGAAGAAUAUGGCCUCUGCUUCAGAUGCUGUCCGUGAGGCCUUUGUGACACUGACCACGAACGAUUCCUAUGCCAAAGGAGCCCUGGUCCUGGGCUUGUCUCUGAAACAGCACAGGACCUCCAGGAGGCUGGUCGUGCUCAUCACCCCGCAGGUCUCGGACUCCAUGAGGAAAACUUUAGAGACCGUCUUUGAUGAAGUCAUCGUGGUGGAUGUCCUGGACAGCGGUGAUUCUGCGCAUCUCACCUUAAUGAAGAGGCCUGAGUUGGGUGUCACGUUGACUAAACUCCACUGCUGGACACUCACACAGUACUCCAAAUGUGUAUUCAUGGAUGCAGAUACUCUGGUCCUAGCCAAUAUUGACGAUCUUUUUGAGAGAGAAGAAUUGUCGGCGGCACCAGACCCGGGGUGGCCUGACUGCUUCAAUUCUGGAGUCUUUGUUUAUCAGCCUUCAGUCGAAACAUACAAUCAGCUGCUGCGUCUUGCUUCCGAGCAAGGUAGCUUUGAUGGUGGGGACCAGGGUUUACUGAAUACGUUUUUUAGCAGCUGGGCAACAACAGAUAUCAGAAAACACCUGCCAUUUAUUUAUAACCUCAGCAGCAUUUCUAUAUACUCCUACCUCCCAGCAUUUAAAGCGUUUGGUGCAAAAGCCAAAGUUGUGCAUUUCCUAGGACGAACCAAACCAUGGAAUUAUACUUACGAUCCUCAAACAAAAAGUAUUCAGAGUGAGUCCCAUGAUCCCAAUAUGACUCACCCAGAGUUUCUCAGCCUGUGGUGGAACAUCUUCACUACCAGCGUGUUACCUGUGCUUCAGCACUAUGGCCUUGUCAAAGACACCCGCUCGCAUGUACAUGUGGAAAAUGUCUCAGGAGCCGUAUCACAGCUGUCCCUUGGGGAGACCCCAGCCCCGGCACAGCCUUUUGUAUCCUCGGAAGAACGGAAGGAGCGGUGGGAACAGGGCCAGGCUGACUACCUGGGAGCAGAUUCCUUUGACAACAUCAGGAGGAAGCUUGACACUUACCUCCAGUAGAAACACUGCGGUUUCCGGUUUCAGGUGGACACACCCACUUCACAGGCACUUGUUUCUGAUACUUAGUCCCUAGAGCUGGGUUAAGAAAGAUCUGUUACAGUUGCUAGAGGCUUUCACUAAAAUUCAUCAGAUGUGGGGUUUUUUGCAAGACGACUGGUGAGAACUGGGCAAAAGUUGUUUAAGUAGCAAUUCUGUCACACGAACAAGAGUUCUGCUUUUUAACCCUGAGCUUGUAUUUCCGAAAUUCUCAAUUAAGCUGAUUGCCAAUGUAUAUGGUAAGGGAAACUCAAUCUUAAGUUGUUACGAUAGCUGUAUCAACUCUUAAAAUGUGCCAAGCCAGGCUGCAAAUCAGUCUCCUUUCAGAAUGGGACACGCACGGUACAUGUCUCUUGCUUGCUUGCUGUACCCCUCACUAGACCUGCAUUUUAGAGUCGCCCAGAGGCUGCCAGAGUGAUUAUAAUUCUGCUUUCAGAUAAAGACAGCCUGUAAUAGCACUGCUGAGUGAUUCAUAAGCGUAUCAACAAACGGUGUUCACCCAUUUCCUAGCCUUAGUGUCUGAAGAUGCUCACGUUUUCUGUGUACAGUGAGGCGGCAUGCUGGAAUGCUCUGUUCCGUUCUGUAUAUCUGAAAACAGCAGUGUGAUGCCUCCCUGCAGUGGCACCCUGUAUGAAAAAUAAAGACUUACUGCCAUA